AGGCGGGAGGUGGGCGCAGACCGCGUCCUGCAGGAGAACCCGGACGGGCCCGACGAGGCCCUCCGAGUGCUCCAGAUGGACCUGAUCGGCUUCUAUCCCUACAGCUUCUGCAGGAGCAACCGCUCGAUCUCCUGGAUGCGGGUGGGGCACAGCCCGUGGUGGCGAUCGUGCUUCGAGAGGACCGACCUGACCCUGCGCGCGCAGCUGUGGAUGUCGGAGUACCACCAGCAGACCGUCGCUCAGCGGGCGAUGGAGACGGGCGUGUGGAGGGAGCGGGCGGUUGUCCUGGUGGACCUCAGCGCCCUGAACUUCGAGUACUUCCAGGGGGUCUCGAGCAGCAGCCGCUCGAGGAAGCGUGGCGCCGGUCAGACGGUCGCCAUCAACUACCCUGGCUACGUGGACCGGGCCUACGUGCUGCACGCGCCAGGAUUCGCGAACAGGGCGUGGAGCAUCCUCAAGCAUUUCCUCUCAGCUGCGCUCAUGGAAAAGGCGAUGAUGGUCGGGAGCAAGGAGGAGCUGCGCCAGAUGCUCGACGACCUGGGCGCGGAGAACGUGCCCCGGUCGCUGGGCGGCCAGUCCGACGCCCCCACCGCGCCGCUGCCGGGGAGGUUGCGGAUGCCUCCAGGCGGCUGGGACGACGUGCUGCGGGCGUGGCGGCCCAGGGAAAUCUGCAUCAGCAAGGGGAGCACCCACGAGGAGGUCCUGCAGGUCCCCGCAGGCGGCCGCUGCAAGUGGCAGUGGGCGCUCACGUGCGCCUCCGUCUCCUUCCAGGUGUCCCGCGCGGAGGCGGGCGGCCGAGAGCUGGGGGGCCCACGGAGGUGGUCGAGGAGAUGCGGGAGUGCAGAUUCGACGACGUCGAAGACCCGGUCUGCGGCGAGGCUGCGGCGCCGGCGCACAGGGCGUGCGAGGUGCGGCUGCUGUGGAGCAACGAGUCCUCCAUGCUGCGGGCGAAGACGCUGCUGCUGCGCGCGGAGGUGUUCGACGCGCAGGAGGCGUGCCACUCGCAGAGCUCGGCGCGCUGACCACGGGGCGACGCGUUCACGAGCUGUGCGAAUAGGAUAGCUGAUCCCUGCGCGCGUUGUUAGUAGACUAUGUGCUGCCAGUGUGGUCCCAGCUUAGUUUUUGCGCUGUGCGGUGCGCAAGCUGUUACAAUGCGACAGCUGCUGCCAGCACGCCCCGUCGGUAGUCCAUGUGCGACCUCUGGUGGCCCCAGCAGCUCAAGUACUCUGGUGGUCCCAACUCCUGUAGGUUUGCGAGGCGGGCCCUUCGACUCCCUCCGUGUCUCGUUCUCAU